AUGCGUUGUGCGAGGCCGAAGCGCAUGCCAACCUUCGACACAAGAUACGCAAGAGCUAUUCAUCCCUGUUACUCGAGCACCUCUGCUGCUCGAAUUUUGCCUGGUGUCGGUCGCGCAACAUCUAUUGUUACGCUACCCGUCCACAUCCAAUGGCAGCGCAUGGACAGCACACCAGAUGAAGUAUCUAUGCAGGUGGACGACCCAGACGUCAAUGCUGAUACUUACAUGCACUCGCCAGAGCGGGCUUGCUGUAACGAACCCCUGGCUCCACUUUCUCAACCCCGAGCUAGCCCUAACGGCAAGACGUGUGCUAUUCCUCGGCCUUCUGAAAACUCGUACGGGAGUAGCGUGUGGCUGCGACCGGAUGAUGAACUUCAUCCCAUCUCUCAUGCCCAUCUUCUGGUACCACGUCGAUCUCGGGUCGAUAUACCCUUUCCUAUUGCAUGUAUCGCGCCCCAUGACGAGAUCUACGAGCUUCUCUCUAGCGCGGUCUUUCAAAAGCACGUGCUCGGAGUAGGCCAGCCGAUGCUUGGCUUCACUUUCGAUCCGAUGGAAAGCUAUUUGCAAGUUAUUGUGGCGUGGUUGUCGCCUCAGCGUAUGGACGAUCAUGAAUGCCCGUGGCGCGUGACCCUGAUCGAAGAUGAUAAACACUCCGAGGGUGGUUCUCGAGAGCAUGUUGAGCGAUGGCUUCGAGACAGUUUAGGGCGCUUGAUUUCACCAGCCAUGUCGGAUAGCAAUCGUUUUCUCUCGCCUCCGAGCCAGAAGACGCGGCGUUCGGGGUCUAUGGGCAGCGCUGUUAGCUCAAGCCCCUCCUUCCUGCAUGCUAUUCCGAGCAGUAUCCCAGCUGCCCGUGCAAAAGAAAUCAGAAAUGAGGUCCGAGAUCGGAUUGAUGAGAACGCUGUGCUAAAGUCAGGAUUUGUUGCACCUGUACCGACUGGGCACUGGUGCUCAUACAGGCGCUUGUGGGAACGAGGUCGCAAGCUUAGUGCAUCCCAAGCAGCAAAGCCGUCACGAGAAAGGAAGGCAUAUGACUUACCCGGAGAGAUCCUCUAUGAUCGGCGUGUCAUAUCGACUGUAUGGCCGUCUACCGUGGUUGACGUGCCAUCAAACUGGCCACACAGCUCAACAUUUAUCGACAUCUGGAAGAUGCUGUUUUUGCGCUCGUUGAGCACGACUGACAAAGAAUGGUUUUAUGGCACAUUUAAGUUUUCGGACGUGAAGUUCAGUCUGCCCGAAACCUCUGGGCCACAUGCGCAUAUGCAGAAAGGCUCAGCAAAGUCUGGCGACAAUCCCCAAUCCUUUCUGAGUGUAGGAAGUACGCAAGAGUACUAUUUCUCCAAGCUGGACGAAGACAGUUUCAGGGCUUUCCUCAACUUCCAGAACGACCUUGAGUACGAGAAGGCCCUGCGCCAUGCCACCUCUCUCUCUCCGCUCCUUCCGAUCGGCCCUGAGAAUCUCGACACAUUUAAAAGGGUCGUACCCACGAUCUGCUCAGCUUCAGAUGAAGCGCGUGCCCUUCGAGAGUGUUUGGGUGGCAAGAAACCGAAUGAAGCUGAAUGUAGACUCAUGUGGGACAAGAUCAUUAAGGUCAUAUUUCCAGGCGUCACGACCUUUGGUGAUGGUUCAUUCACUGAUAUGACGAUGGAGCGUCCCGUUUCCGCAUCACGCAACCUGAUCUCCGACGCGGUACUCGGAGGGACGUCUUCCUUCCACGACUUGAAACUCGAGUACAGGGACUUGCAGUCGGGGUCUGACGAUCGAUCAGCACGAGAGGUUGUGUGGUCGAGGUUGCAGGUCACUCCCGAAGCUGCUGAUGGAGAAGCUCAUGAUGCGGCUCGUGCUCUGCGCGAGAUUCUCAAACAGGAGAGUAACCGGGGCGAUGGUGUCCUGUCCAAGGCCCUUGUGGAUCGGAUAUUCGAACGUGAUGAUUCUGUCGCUCGGUGGAACAAGAAUACCGAGGACGAUAUAGACAUCAAAGCCCGAGUAUUGCACAGUUACAAUCUGGGUGUCUGCGAUACUUUGGUGCUUGCUGGCGCACCCUUCGUCUUUCCGGAAAGCAAUGCUGCCUUGGUGAAGGACUUUUCAGUCAUACAGACCGUUUACGAUGCGCAAAAGCAGCCUGACGCAACUUCGACUUCAAACGAUGACCCGGAGACAAUUGCGGUGGACGUUGAAGAAGCUCCUGAGACCGGAUCUGGUGCGGAGGCGCCGGGGACGAAUACAAACUCUGCUGUUCAACUUCCUCUUGCCCCUUCUUCUAUGCACUGCGUUGUCGCCUUGGCGAAACAGGCAAUUCC